AUGGGUGGAAUAGAAAAAACCACUCUAGCGAAAGUUUUAUACAACGAGCAGAAAGUGAAGGAUUGUUUUGAAGUCAGGGAAUGGGUUUGUGUUUCUAAAGAGUGUGAUGUGUUUAACAUUAGCAAGGCUAUCUUCCACGCAGUAUCGUGGAAAAACAAAGAUUUUGCUAAUCUAGACCUGCUUCAUGUAGCCCUCAAAGAAGAAGUUUCAAAGAAGAGGUUCCUACUUGUUCUAGAUGAUGUCUGGAACGAAGCUCCAGCAUCGAGAUCAUAUAGGAAGCUCAAGGAAUUACACAGAGCUAAACACUUGCAGACUUUCUUAAUAAUGUCAGUUAGUGAGGAAAUUGAUGGCUUUGACAAAGUUCUUGUGGAAUUACUUCCUGAAUUACAGUUCUUGAGGGUGCUAACUACUAAGUGUCAUCGACUUGACUCCAAUGUUGGUUAUUUUCAUAACCAAAACAUAAACACGGAAGCAUAA